AUGUCUUUCUUGGCGCCCGCGGAGUCUUCUCAAAACGGGUCGUCCAACGCUUCAGGGGAAGCAAUGGAGCUGCACGUGCUUCUUAGCAACACGCAGUUUGCCUUUCUUGUGGUCUUCUGUGGUGUCUGCCACUACUUUGCUCUCGUUGUCUCCGCCCUUACGGUGGGUGAGUCAACCACUACGCUGACUUUACCGUUUGUCUUGGUGAAGAAGUUGCUGGCGAGUUGCGUUGCGGCCGUCAGAAAGUUCGUGUGGCGGCGGAGGGAACAUGUGUUCGUUGGUGUUGGCUACGACGACGACGACGCGAGCAUCGAUCGCUUUGAUGCCAUGAAUCAACCAGCGGAGGCCGGCUUUCAGUGA